AUGAAGUUCACAAGUAGCCUGCUCACCAACUCCACGGCGAUCCUGUUUGCUGUUGCUGCAGCUCAGGGGGCUCAGGUGGACCCUAUAACGACAAUCACUCCUUGCCCAGAGGCAAAAGACUCGAUCUUCCCUCCAAUUACUGUUACUUCGCAGUAUCAGGAUGUCUACACUUGCCAGCCUAGGUCUCUGUGCAUCAAGCAAAGGUGCUCGACUAUCUUCGACUUGAAAGCCUAUCCCUACGUCUCCACGGUCAUUCCUUGCGCCUGGGACGGGACCACAGCAAGUACGACUACCAUCACGCGAUUGGAUCAGCCGGUCCGAGUCUCCGAGCAUGUCGAAACUCUCACAAAGACGAUCACAGCAACGGUCUUUCCGUCAGAGACUGGAGGUCAGUGGGAAGUUUGGGAAGACUGGCACACAGCCCACAUGUGGUCUAAAGAAGCACCGAAGCCGACCGUCACCACGACUUCUCUUUACGAAACCGUCACGCGCAGAGCUGUUGCUCCUUACGAAGAUAUCGGCCCCUUGGCCGUCCCAGGCUGGAACGGAAGUGAACUUUGUGAGGAGUGUGUCAAUUCAAAGGAUGGCUCUCGUUCUCAGCUUCUCGACGUUAUUGAAUGCCGUUUCGGUGUCGACCGGGCUGGAGAGCCAUUCCACACCUGCUCUGAGUGGGCCGAGACUUGGGUGGAACGGUACUUGCCAACAUCGACUGCGCUCGCGGAAGCGGUCUGUGUGAGCCAAGGGUCUGUACCUGCGGCCGGCACAUACACCUGGACUUUUCCUCAAAGUGGCCAACCAGUAGCUGUCACUGCUCCCCCAACAACAAUGACCACGACUCUGAGUGUUUCUCAACAAGAGACGGUGAUCGUCGAGCCAGAGAUUGUUUAUACACUUCCUGGCAAACCGUGGAACGCCUACGUUACGAGAACGUUUCCAGCCCCGACCAACUUCGCCUUCAAUGUCUUUGUUACGACCACCGUCACUGUCAGUGUGCCGUAUAUCACUCGACCGGCGGAAAAGUAA